AUGGCACCUCCUCUAAGUAUUCACAGGGUUGUAGUUGUUUCUCUUUUUCUUCCGUAUACAGUUUCCUUCGAUAUUGGUAAAGAGAGAGAAGUUACAUACUCUCCAGUUGAUAUUAAUUUGACGGUUCCAAAACCAAACCUCAUUGAAAGACUGGCGGCUAAGCGUGCUGACGGACCCGUUACCCCCAGUCAACAAAUUGAAGAUCCAAUUAAUAAGCUCUUCCCUUCGAAAGGACCUACAACUCCACCACCGGCAACUGGGCGAAUUCAACCUCGUAGUCGCGCACAAAAGCCGGAGUUAGAUAAUAAAAGAUUUUCGCCUCUUCCUCUUUCCUCACGUCGUGUUUCAAUUGAUAGUACGAAAGUUUUCGAUGAAGCUCCCUGGACUGUUGAGCCUUGUACACAGGGCAAUAUCGGUUUGCAAAAUGCUAUAAACUCUGUUGCCCAUAGCUUUACUAAACGCGUCUGGAUAGGAACUCUUGGCAUGCCUACAGACGUGCUCACAGAAAAGACGCGAGAGGAUAUUCGUGCCAAAAUGACGACAGAAUAUGAUUCAAUUCCUGUAAUUGUCGCAGAUCAUGAUAUUGAAGGACAUUAUAAUCAGUUUUGUAAGCAAGUUCUGUGGCCUACUUUUCAUUAUGUUCUUCCAGAAAAUCCAAAGAAUAAAAUUCAGGAUGAUAAAGAUACUUCAUGGAAACAUUAUGUUGCAAUCAAUCAAUCCUUUGCUGAUACCAUCACGGAGAAUUAUCAGCCCGGCGAUAUAAUUUGGGUCAAUGAUUACCAUUUAUUGUUGGUCCCUGGAAUGAUCCGUAAAAAGCUCCCAAACGCGAUGAUUGGAUUUUUCCUUCAUAUUCCUUUCCCAAGUUCGGAAAUCUUUAGAUGUUUACCUGUACGCAAAGAGUUACUUGAAGGUGUUCUUGGAGCAGAUCUAAUCGGGUUCCAGACCUAUUCUUUUGCUCGUUAUUUCCUUCAGACUUGUUCUCGAAUAUUGUCAUUAGAGACUACUCCUAAAGGAAUUCAACUUGAAAAUAACUUUGUUUCUGUUGGUAUUUUCCCAAUUGGAAUCGAUAUUCAGGCAUUAAAUGAAAAAAGGAAAGAUCCGGAGGUACAUGAAUGGAUUGGGGUACUCGGUGAAAAAUAUCAUGGUAAAAAAUUAGUAGUUGGUCGUGACAAGUUGGAUUAUGUUAAGGGAGUCCGUCAAAAGGUGCUCGCUUUUGAGACCUUUCUAACGAUGCACCCCGAAUGGCAAGGAAAGGUCGUUUUAAUUCAAGUGGUGCUUUCUACCACUGAGCAAAAUGAACUACAAAGUCAAGUAUCAGAUGUAGUGGCUCGAAUUAAUUCGAAGUUUAGUAACCUUUCGUAUCAACCAGUCGUAUAUCUUCAUAAAGAUAUUACUUUUAGUCAAUACUUGGCGCUUCUUUCAGCAGCUGAUGUGUGUCUUAUCACUUCAUUACGCGACGGAAUGAAUUUGACAUCACACGAGUAUGUGAUUUGUCAAGAGGAAAAGCAUCGACCAUUGAUCCUUAGCGAGUUUGCUGGAAUG